AUGUCGCUCAACGGACUCGACGAUCCCAAGGUCGCGGAAGCCUUUCGGGCGGCCACAUCAGAGCCUGGAUGGUUCCUCCUCAAGUAUGCCACUCGUGACGAGGUCGAGCUUCUGAGCUCUGGCAGUGGCGGUCUCGGGGAGAUGCGCAACGUUGUGACCGAAUACGACGAGACGAGUCCUCUCUAUGGCUUUUUGAAAUACCGCAGGAGGAAUGUCAUCGUCAAAUACUUGCCAGAGGGCUGCUCGAGGCUCAUCCAAGCUCGCGUGGCCGUCCAUUUCAAUGCCAUCUGCGAACAAUUCUCCCCGUAUGACGCCAAGCUCGAAAUAUCAGAGGCCGCCGAGCUCAAAGACUCCAAGUUGUCAGCAUUGUGCUCGCUGCAUGCCGCCUCCUGCUCUACCUCAUCCUCGACCAGCUCGCUGCGCCGGAGACGCUUGGUGGAGAUAGCCGAGGAGGAGGAAGGAGGGGAAGGGGAGGAAAAACGAGCAACGAAGAGACAGUCCAUUCAGAAGCUCGGCGGUGAUUGCCCCCAAUCACCAGCGGACGACACGAAAGGGGUGGAUUCCGUGACGCUUGAUUCACAGCUUGCCGAAUCACCCGAGAACAGUAGGUUUUCUGCCGGAUCAACAUCAGAGUUGCCAACGUUUGUGGGUAUGGGCAAUCGGCCAACCUCGCCUGCUACGCUGAGCGGGCUUGAGACGAGCCAACUCGGCUACUCCUCGUACCCCUACAGCAGACCCAAGAUCAAGCUCGGGCCCCGUCCUUCGCUGGAGAACGGCGGUCGGCCACAGACUGCGGGAAAUUUCCGGCCGGUUUCCGCCAUACCAGCAGGUUUCAAGCUCUUCAGUAGAGGAAGCAAUAAGAGCCAUGGACGCAAGGACACUCUUCCCGCCGCUUCCCUUCAGGAGGGGAGCGCAGAUCUCAAUUUCUCCUUGUCGACCCCCACCGCUCCCGAAACACUAUCGCGGGUUGAACGCGUCGGAGCGAGACCGGCCACCAGUUCCGGUGCUUCUACCGAAUCACCGUCGAUGCCCCCACCGGCAACGAGGAAGCCAAUCGUCUCUCCCGAGAAGGCGCGCCUGAUCAAAGCGAUGCAGCUGCGGGAGAAGAAGAAGAAGAUGAGCUUGCAAACGCCGAUCGCAUCAUCCACACUGAGCGAACCCACUACGGAAGCCGGGGAGCCUGGUGCGGAGGACAUCCGGGACAGAGCCACGGAUCUGGAGGAAGCCUCGCCUCCCGCCAACGCAGACUGCAGCAGCGAUGCCGAGAAUGGCACGGCCAAGGUUGAUUCUGUGAUGGCGGAUCGAACACCAUGUUUGACACAGCCGGAUUCUCGACCACCAAGUCCAAUGGUCGCAUCCUCGGAGACGGAGCAGUCAACAACGGCGUCGUCGCUUUCAGAGUCAACCGACGACACGGUGCGAGCAAAGAAUGCGGAAACGCCGCUGGAUCACGACAAUCCUGAACUCGAACCUCAUCACGAAGAUCUGGUGCAAACUACUAUGCUCCAAGACAAGAAUUCGAGCGAGCCAAUACGUGAAGAAACGACGGCUCCGUCGUUGGUUGAUCGGACAGAAGCCGGCGUUGAGCUCGGCCUGGCUGUUCCAGAAUCUGACCUCAUCGUCGCCGCCGUUCGAACGGAAGAACGUGAACAUGGUACUAUCCUUUCGGAUCCAUCAAGUUCCAUCGUCUUCGAGAGCGUCGCCCAGGAAGAGUACGCGACACAGACCACGCCGUGCACAGAUUCAUGUGCUAGCGAAACGGUCAACAUCGAUGCCGACGACUCUCAAAAGUUUGUUCCUGCGACAAGUUCAGAAGCUUCUACCAGCGCCCCGCCGGAUACGGAAAUUGCAAACGAGUCGCUUGAGAGCGCGGCUUCAAAUUCGAUUCAGGAGUCGCCACCGGCUGAUGCUAAGACCACCAUAACAGCGCAAGACGAUCAAGCAACUCCUUCUGAACAAGAAUAUGUCUUGGGAACCAAGAGCUUGGCACGAGAUUUGCCAUCACCUGGAAAGGAUCUCGCACGGCCAAUUGGGGCGUCUCAAGAAUUGAGCGUUAUUGUUGAAACAAUACCCAGCCUUUCCUCACAGGAUGCUACCGAAGAGAGACAAGACGAGGGGGCAACCAGCGUCGAGCCUGAGAUAAUCUCAGCCAUGAUGGACCAGCCCAAGCAAAGGCCUAUCAUUGAACCCAUCGACACAAACCCUGCACAUCACGGCCGGGAAGACGCCCGCUCGGAGGCCAACUUCUCGGAUGACGACGAGCUGAUGGAUGAAUUGCAGGGUGCAGCUGUUGAAGAAGCCAGGCCAGUGCUUGUGGCGAUGACGCCGAGCUCGGCCACUUUCCCCACAGCCGAAAGCAAGGAGGAACUUGCAGAACUCGACGCAUCGAAGCCGUCCAUAUCUCGCACCAUUUCUAAUCCUGUUCGGGGCAACCUUGCUGUCCGGAACAAUCAAUCGACACGGUCGGCCAGCACUGGGACGGGACACCCGGAACAGUCCUCGAAACAUCUACAACCCGGUUCCAACUUGGCCAAGAAAUCCAACAUUGGCUCGAGCAUCUCCCAGCGAAUCAAGGCGCUGGAGAAGUUGUCGGCUGCAACCGGAGAACCAGUGGCAUCUUCUACCACACGAGACCGGCCGUCGUCGGCUUUCUUUGCCGUGAAAAAACGGGAACCACCGAAGACGGCGUCUGUUAUGGAGAGGGCGAAUUCGUUGCGCAACGCUCCCGAUCUACCGUUUCGAUCAAUGGAAUCAUCUCAAGAUACUGCGAAGCUGACACGACCAGAGCGUUCUGGCUCGGUGACGAGUCGCCUGUCCAUGUUCGAGUCGUCGCCUGGUGCCGCUGCCUCGGGCUUCUCUCAGCGAGGUCGCUCCGAGUACGUCUCUGUCACCGCCAAAAUUAUUCGAGAUCCGAAUCAGCAAAUCAAGGCUGGCUAUGCACCCCCCACAAAUCCCUCAGAAUACAGACACCUAGAUCUCAAGCAAUCGCCGCUCUUAGUCGACCACCGAAAGCCAACUCCUGAGCCGGUGCCGGUGGACGUCGACCCAGGUUCGGAAAGGAGAUCCGGGUCUCGGGAGCGUGGCAAGCUUACCAAAUCACACCCGUCUCUGAGCAUCGUCAAGGACUUUCUCAAGGACCGUCGCAAGUCUGUCACGCCGAAUCAAGGAGAUACUUUCCCGGGACCGGCUCUUAUCAAUACAUCACGGUCGCCCUCUCGACCUCCGUCUGCUAACCAAGCUGGUGCUUUCUCCCCUAGGGUAUCUGUCAGCAGUCACUGCUCAUCCGUUGGCAAAGAUGUUGAUAUCAUGGUGUCUCCUGUUCAGGAUAGCUUUGGAGAGGACGCCAAGUCAGCUAACGGAGACAAGAAGCUGUCUCGAGCGGGACGAUUCAUGCGUCGCCUGUCCAAUCUGUCUGGAUCCCGGACCAAAAUCUCACCUCCUGGAAUCUCGCCCACAGUCACGGAGGAGAAUAUGGCAGAGCACAUGGCGACGAGACCAGCCACAACUGGAUCGCCCACUAUUGUGUCCUACGUGGGGGACGUGAAUGUGCAGUUCCCCGAUAACUUGCUCUGGAAGCGCCGCUGCAUGUGUCUCGACUCCCAGGGUUUCCUCAUUCUCGGCACUCUGCCGGCUCAGAGGAACCGCCAGGCACAAGGCACCAAGCGGUACCACCUCGGAGAGUUCCGGCCUCCGUACAUACCUGAUGUGGAGGUCCAGGAACUGCCAAAUAGCGUUGUCCUGGACUUUAUCGGAGGCACUAGCAUUCAGAUCGCCUGCGAGGAUAGGGCCGGGCAGAUGAAUGCGCUGAACAUUCUACAAGACGCCCAUCUCACUCGUGGAGCCACCUACGGGCUUUGA